UGAAAAUUCGGAAUCCUAAGUUUUUUUGGUGUGGAAAGUUCCAGUUGAUUCCGCAAACGCGUAGAAACAAAGCAUUUUUACUGUUUUCAAAAGAUUUAAAAUAUAAAAUAUAUUAAAAAGCUUUAAACACAACAACCUCAAGCCUCAAACAGCUUUAUAAGGUGUAUAAAAAGAAUUUAAGGGAAGUUCCGUGAUUUCGAAGACUACUCUGCUUGUUUCCAUUUGUAACAGCAACCAAUUGAAGACUGGCCUUUUAAAAACAGACCCAGAAAACACAACACUAAAUUUUAUAUUGCGAUCUCGUAUCUAACCCUUAAUCUAUUUCAGACAGCGAUUUGAUUCGUGAAUUUCAUUGAAGUGUUAUUUGAUAUGGCUUUGGGAAAGAAAAGCAGAAGUUGUAACUUCACUCGUAGUGGUUUGAUUAAUGGUGGUGUGGAUAACGAUGAGGGUUUUGAGUGGGGGCUCGUGAAUUAUGCACGACCAAUUGAGAAGAAGAGGGAUAUUGUUUCUAACAAUGGCAGUGAUAUCAUUAGCAGGACUCCAUCGAUGAAGAAACGUUGUGUUCGAGACAGCACGAUUUUGAACCCAGAAACAGAAACAGAAUCAGAAACGUGUGCUCUUCAAGCUCUACCUGGUGACAUUCUGAUUCAUAUUGUAAGUGGUGUGGAUCACGAUGAUCUCAGUAAGCUUUAUAAUGUAGCAACAUUUAUUAGGGAAGCUGCUUUGGUUGCAGAGGAAAUGCAUUUCGCUUUUAGCACUCCCAAAAAGGUUCCCGCCUUCAGAACCGCCAUUGAUUUGGAAAAUCUGACCGAAGAUAUUGAAGCUCCUAAUGCUCCAAAACAGACUAGGGCAAGAGGGUCUCGGCUAGAGGGCAAGAAGUUCGGAAGUAUAUCAGUGAACUUGUUUGGUGAGCAGUAAAGAUACAACCAUUUAUGAGAAACAAGUUUCUGUAAAUACAGAUUGAUCUGAUUUGGUGGAAUUUGGGUUUGGGAGAGUUGCUGAAUUGGGAUUCACUGCACUACACUGUACACACGUUUAGAAAUCAUUUACAAUUCAUGUUUCUUCAAUCUCUUUCAUUGAAGGUAAAUGGGUUGGAUUUGUUUGUAUCAUUCUGUAAAUUUUCUUAGUUAAGAGAAUGGUAGAAAGUAGUUCCCACUAUUUUUAGAGAAAGGCCAAGCUUUUUGGCUCUUCCCAAUUUCUUGAUCAUUAAAAAAAAAGGUUGCUUAGAAAGAAUGUACAGUUGAUUCCACAUGUUCUUUGAGCAGUACAGAGAAAUGAAUAAAUUUGCUUUGUGUUAA